UAUAUAUAUAUAUAUACACUUUUUCUUUUUAGAGUUUUACAGUAACUUAGGUAGCUAAAACGGACUGUGUAAGUGUAAAUACCGAUAUAUUUGUUUAACUAAAAAUAUAUUGUAAUAUACGAACAACUACAGGUCACACAACGCGUUGAAGCGAAGGUAAAGCUGGUUUGUAUUUGUUAGGAUUUUAUAAAUAUGCAGUUCUUUUUCGAACGUUUUGCAAUUAAUUUGAACCUGGCCUCUGAAAUUGCUUCAGUGAAUAUUUAUUAACGCAGCACAUCCCUACAAAAUAGGAGCAUAUAAUACUGGGUGGAUGAGAUGCUCUUAUGAUUACAGUACUCCUACGACGAUCUCGGAAUUGAAAAUUUCAUAUUAUCGUACAUUCGCAAAAUACCGUUUUCUUAAAUUCUGGAUUGUGUUUUUUGGGGGUAAGUUUAAGUAGCAAAACUAUAUAUGGAUAAGGUUUCGUCUGUUCAGACGGAUGUAUUUGAAAUUGCUAUCCUGAUACCCGUACUAUAGCAAACUGCGUCAGUGUCUCCUGAUUUUGCAGGUACUGAGCUGCUGCUACUGUUUUGGAGAAAGACCAUGGUAAUAUAAAUCGGGAACAUCAAGUAUACAUACUAAAAUCACCUGCUGAAAUGGAAACGGGAGGCGAGUCUAAUUCCAAUCCUCCGCUGGGAGGUAAAUUCCCAUCUGUUCCCAAUAACGACUGUGAACUUAACAUUAAUAUUUAUCACGCCGUCAGUGACAAUAAUGUCAAUACCAUGGAUACUGCUGCAGUGCCGAGAGGGGGAAGCGAUCCUAGCGCUUAUCCUCCAUCACAUCAUCAUAGGCUUGUCAAUCAGCGGUUUAGAAGGAGAAGUUUGUGGUUUUCUGACUCCGAAGAACAAAGCUUUGAUUCACCCGAAUGUGACAAUAAAAACAAAAUUCAAAAUCUAAAUCUGCGAACAAUUGUAGGUAGGACAGUGGGGACUCAGGGUUGCGUGCAGGAGGGCUCCAGCACCGAGAGUCAAGGCGGACAAAAAGACAGUGCAACGGAAAGCGUUAGUGCAGAUGAGGAGAAAGCUGAAGUCGAACAGAAGUGCAACGCUGUCUUGCCUGAAAAUACCAAGAUUGUGGGGAAAUCGGCGAGUGAGGAGACUGAGGAAGAGGCUGGGAUGAAAGCAGUUUCCACAUCUCCAGGGGGGAGGUUUCUUAAAUUUGACACUGAGCUUGGAAGAGGGUCAUUCAAGACUGUCUACAAGGGAUUGGACACUGACACCUGGGUUGAAGUUGCGUGGUGUGAACUUCAGGACCGCAAACUCUCAAAGGUAGAGCGGCAGAGGUUUAAGGAGGAGGCAGAAAUGUUGAAAGGCUUGCAGCAUCCAAACAUUGUUCGAUUUUAUGACUCCUGGGAAUCCUCACUCAAAGGAAAGAAAUGUAUUGUAUUGGUUACUGAGCUGAUGACCUCUGGAACUCUAAAAACAUAUUUGAAGAGAUUUAAAGUGAUGAAACCAAAGGUUCUGCGUAGUUGGUGCCGACAGAUUUUGAAAGGCCUGCACUUCUUCCAUACAAGGACUCCCCCCAUCAUUCACAGAGACUUGAAAUGUGAUAAUAUAUUUAUUACUGGACCGACUGGAUCUGUGAAAAUAGGCGAUUUGGGCCUUGCAACUCUAAAAAGGGCUUCUUUUGCCAAAAGUGUAAUAGGUACUCCUGAAUUUAUGGCUCCAGAAAUGUAUGAAGAACAUUACGAUGAAUCUGUAGACGUGUAUGCCUUUGGGAUGUGCAUGCUGGAAAUGGCUACCACUGAAUAUCCAUACUCAGAGUGCCAGAAUGCUGCACAGAUUUACCGAAAAGUAACAAGUGGUGUGAAGCCAGCAAGCUACAACAAGGUUACUGAUCCGGAAAUCAAGGAAAUUAUUGGGGAAUGCAUCUGCCAAAAAAAAGAAGAAAGGUACUCGAUAAAAGAUCUUCUAAAUCAUGCCUUCUUUGCGGAGAACACAGGGGUGAGGGUUGAACUCGCAGAGGAAGAUGAUGGCAAGAAGUCCUCAAUUGCCUUGAAAUUGUGGGUUGAAGAUCCCAAGAAACUCAAAACGAAAUACAAAGACAAUGGGGCCAUUGAAUUUACUUUUGAUCUGGAGAAUGAAGUUCCUGAGGAUGUAGCUCAGGAAAUGAUUGAGUCUGGAUUCUUUCAUGAAAGUGAUAUCAAGAUUGUUGGAAAGUCUAUAAAGGACAGGGUGGCAUUAAUCAAAUGGAAAAGGGAAAGAACAGUUCUGUUGCAGGUAAACAAGGAGAACCGAGAUGGCGAAGGCUUAGAGAAACAGAAAGCCCAACAAGCACAACUGCUGAUCCCAGUUGUAGGCGUUCUUCAAGUGGGACAGCCAGUCGUCUUGGAGCCUGAGGAGCCAGAAGCAGACCAGUAUGCCCACCAUCUGAAUCUUCCUGCCAGUGCCACAUCUGUUACAUCUGACAGUACAUUCGACAGUGGCCUGGGUUUGACAGUGUACUCGGACUCUCAGAGCAGCCAGCAGAGUGUCAUCUACCCAUCUCGCCUGGACCCCAUCCCCUGUGCUGUGCAGCAGGUCUGCAGCCCACCCCUGAGUGACACCCAGGGCCCUCCCCCUAGUCUGCAGCACCACCACCACCACCACCAACAGCAGCCGCAGCUGGGGUCCUAUCCACAGCCUCCAGCACCUGGCUUUUCCAUGAUCCAGAACCCAGCUGCUGCCCUCUCUCAGCAGUCCCAGCAGCUUUACCAGCAGCCAACACAGCCAUUCUCUGUUCUACAGCCAACUGCAAUCCCCACAGUGCAGCAUGCCCCAUCGCAGACCAUGCCUCCAACACAGCAGUUCCAAAGCUAUUUCUACACUGCAACAUUCCAGUCCCAGCAGCAUCUUGCAGCAAUGCCGAAUCUCCAACAGCAGGUUUCUGACAUGAAGCCACUUCACAUCUCCAUGCCCCCCACACAGUUUCCUGUUAUUCCCCCUGCAACUCCCCUUUCUGGAUGUGACACUUUUGUUCCUUCUCGCCCUGAUUUCUCCAACGUUCCCACUGUGCCAGCCUCUUAUUUCUCGCCUGGCAAAACAGUAGCUCCUCCUUCAGUGAACCCUACUGUGUCUCUCUCUACAACUAAAGUGGUUCCUGCCAUGCAGGUGGGAAACCUGACUCAAACCCCUGAAUCUGUGGUCUUGCCAUGCCAGGGAUUGCCUGCGCCAGUGUCUUUGCUUGAUAUGGGUCUCUCUGGUGAUUCAGUUUUGCCAGCUCGGCAGCAAAUGCACCAACUAACCCAGCAGCAGCAGAUGUAUCCCUUACAGCAAAUGAUUCAGGCUGAGGUUCCACCCUUGCAACCUAUUCAAAUAGCACAGACAGUGUCUCGGCAGCAUCAGCAGCUUCCUUUGCUACAGCAGUCUCUUCAGCAGAAUUUAAUUCCACUUUCAGAGCAAGCUAUUCCUGAAGCUGAGCAUUCCGGGCAGAUGAAUGCUGGACAGAUGUCCACUCAGUAUUCUUUUGAUUUGGGAAUGCAAGCAGAGACACAUUUUCAGACACCCAUAAGAACUGCCCAGGCUUCAGUUGUGUCCCCACCUUUGCCGGAAAUGAUGUCUACACCAGCUGGAGUGGAGCAGGUUCUGCAUCCCACUGGCAAGCAGACCGCAGCAGCUGCCCCUACAAGCAUAACCCAACCACUGAGUCAGCAAACCAGGAUGACUGCACCUGCCCAGCCAGCAGCAGACGUUUGUCAAGAGGAGCCCAUACCAGAGAAACAGCUACCACUACACAGUUGCUGCUAUGACAGUGUGAAUUCUGAUGCUGCGUCAGGUAAAGAGAUGAGUGAUGGCUAUGAAGGAAUUCAAGGUGGUGGAAAGCAAGAAGGAAAGUCAAGAAAACAUCACAGAAGGUCAACGAGAACUCGCUCCCGUCAAGAAAAAACAAGCAAACCCAAACUAACCAUUCUAAAUGUCUGUAACACUGGAGAUAAGAUGGUAGAGUGCCAGCUGGAGACACACAAUCAUAAAAUGGUAACAUUCAAGUUUGAUUUAGAUGGGGAUGCUCCUGAAGAAAUAGCAAUUUACAUGGUCGGGAAUGACUUCAUCUUGCAGACCGAAAAAGAGACAUUUAUUGAGCAACUGAAAGAUAUCAUUGAUAAAGCUGAGGAUAUGCUGAGUGAGGAUACAGAAGGAGAAAGAAGUUCUGAUCAAGGAACAAGUCCACAACAAGGACAUACCGUUGUGUUAGAAAUGGGAGAGGUUUCAACAGAUCAGCAGUCGCGGGGCAACCAGCCUGUUUAUCAGCAGAAUGUGCUUCAUACUGGCAGACGGUGGUUUAUUAUAUGCCCAGUGGAUGAAACGCCCACACCUGAGGUAAAGACGAGCACUUCAUCUGCUUCAACAGCACAGCCUGCAACUGCUCAAGAGCCAGAAAAGCAGAUCAGUACUCUGGCAGUGCACUUGUCUGCUACAGUAGCUCAGACUCACUUUGAUGUCUCAGAUGGCCAUCGCAGCACACCCCCUCCUUUGGCUACAGGCCCUGCUGUUGUCGCCCCCUCAACAACUUUAUCAGCUCAAUCAAUUGUUCAAUCUGCUGCUUUGCCAUCAACGACUGGUGCCCAAGUUAAGGAUCCGUGUGGGAGUACAGGAGAGCCAGAAAUCCAACAGACUCAACCUGUAAUGACCAAUGGACCUCUGAAUGAAAUUCUGAGCUCAGGUCCAAUUGAGGAGCUUUUUAGUUCACUCUCACCCUUGCAGGCUGUGCAGCAAGUUGCUGAAAUUGCUUGUGCAGCUUCUGUUGCCGAUCUUCCCUGCUGCCCCAUCGUGCCACCUUCGUUGGAAAUUACUUCUGCAUAUAGGGUCAUGUCCCCACCUUUCCCUGUCUUGGACCAAAUUUUAGACCACCCACCGGCUUGCGUGGCUGAAUCAGCUCAGCAGUCUGUGGUAUUGCAGCAGCCUUUUACAGCCCAGAUGCAGGAAACCGUUGGAGCUACUGGAACAACGGCAUCUUCUCAGCCUCAAAGCCCAGCUCAAGCUCCUCAACAGUAUCUGCAACAGCAAGCAUCCGCUUCUGGGCUGUCUAGCACUCCGCAGACUUCUCUGGUGGAGUCUGAUGGAGAAGGCCCGCCAAGGGUGGAGUUUGUGGACAACACAAUCAAGACAUUGGAUGAAAAACUACGCACUUUGCUAUAUCAAGAGUACGUUCCUACGUGCUCAGCAGGUACAUCUGAAACCCCUGGUGGUUCUGGUGCUGAAUAUGUUCACUCUCCUCCUAUUACUGAAAGUAUGCUAGCUGAAAUUGAAAAUAUGCCAUCAGGAAUCCCUGACACAGCUGGCAAUCGGAUGUCGUUUCCUGAUGAAGUGUUGAAUCAUCCUCUGUGUACAUCAGAACUACCUGUGAAGGGUGUCAUCCAGACAGCUCCUGCCAGUACAGUGACUUGUAACUAUGUGUCGCCACGAUCUGCAUUUCGUGAACAGAUGCCUCAAAUUCCAGAAAGAAAUGACAGCUUGAGCUAUGGUAAUGAAACUGACACACCCUGGAAAAAAGGGUCAUUUGACAGUACAAGUAGAGGAGAGUUUCUUCUGAACUUUGCCGCUAGUACACCAACCAGCACAACAAAGAGCAGGUUUCAGAUUAUUCCUACCCCUCCAGAUAUCAUCAUAAGGAGACUCGACCGAAGCAAGAAGAGUAUCUGUCCAAGCACCAAAUGCACAAACAGUCCGGCACAGGCCCCUCUGGUGAAUGGGGUGCAUGGUUUAGACUUUCGAGAGAGCAAGACGACUGAGCCUGACUACAGUAACCUUGGUGCACCAGCAGAGGGCUCUCCAAUCACAACUAUUGGCAGGUUCUCUGUCGUUAGCACAAAGGAUGAAGUAACUUUCAAGACACCUAACAAUAACAGAUAUUCAGCACCUCCUGACUUCUACAUGGAUGAACCUCCCUCCAGUCCCAAAAUGAAGCCUGUUCCCCGUGCUCAUACAUCUGUUCCUGUUGAUGUCACUGUCCACAGUCAUUCUACGGAUUCUGGGGAUGAGGUUAACAAACCCAAAUCUGCUGCUUCUGCCACCAUCCCGUGUGCUGGCACAGGCGAUCACACCAGCAAUGAUCUGAUGAAAAAAGCUGUUGCUUUCUUAAGAAGAUCUGGAAAACACACCAGCGUGCAGAGCCCUGACUCUCUGAAAGGACAGGGGGCAAACGUUCCAACAAUAAGUAUUACCUCCUUCCAUUCUCAGUCCUCCUACAUCAGCAGUGACAAUGAUUCUGAAUUUGAAGAUGCAGAUAUGAAAAAAGAGUUGCAGAGGCUUAGAGAAAAACACAUGAAGGAGAUCUCUGAACUGCAGUCCCACCAGAGGGGUGAGAUUGAGUUGCUUUUCAAGAAACUUGGCAAACCUCUCCCCCCAACUGUGGGAUUCCUGCAUGCAGCGCCACCAACUGGUCGCAGGCGUAGAGCAAGCAAGUGCAAGCUCAAGGCUGGGAAGCUGCUCAAUCCGCUGGUUCAGCAACUUAAAAAUGUUACCACUAAUACCAAUGACAGUGAGCCACCUGUGAAUUCCACUGCUGCCUCAGCCCCAGAUUCCGGUCUGGCUGACAGUACUCCUUUAACCACUGCAAGUACACUGCCUUCCUCCGCUACUGUCAUUCCAACUACAGAGCCUGUUCAGACACAGCAGCCCUGCUCAGUCAAAGAGUCUCUUUCCUCUGAUGGCAUCUAUUCCGGCUUCAUCAGCGAUGGGAGCGGAGCACACAGCGGGCUCAGUCAAGGCUGGACGGUUUACCACCAAACACCUGAGAGAGUGACCUAUAAAUCUAGUAGCAAACCUCGUACCAGAUUCCUCAGUGGACCUGUGUCUUUGUCCAUCUGGUCUACCCUGAAACGACUUUGUCUAGGCAAAGAGCGCAGUAGUAGGUCCUCAAAUAGUAGUAGUUCGACAGUGCCGGUACAGAGCCAGCAGCCCAUGCCACAACAGCUGCAGGGGCUGGGGCAGGCUCAAGCCAACAACAGCAACAACAACAACAAGAAAGGCACCUUUACAGAUGAUCUGCACAAGCUAGUGGACGACUGGACCAAAGAAACCGUUGGAGCCACACAUAUAAAACCUUCUUUAAACCAGAUAAAGCAAAAGAGACAAUGGCAAGAUAUGGAGCACAAACCAAAGCAAGCUGUGAGCGAGAUGAAAUGUACGAGUAUACCUGGAACAAUGAAAAAGUACCAGAUUCCACUGUCCUGCCCAAUGACUGCUGCUCUGGCACCAGGGAUUUCACCAGCCAUGACUGGCAGCCACGUGCCUGGGAUGAUGCCUCCUUAUAGAAUGCCUGCCUGCCAUUUCGGAGGACCCAUUCCAGGGUCUGUGUAUGGAGUACAAUGGCCAGUCAUAACGGGUCCAGUGGCACAAGCCGGUGUGUUCGGGGCACCAGAUGUGCCCAGAUUUCCAUCCCUUGGAAAUGCAGGCUUGCAAGUUUAUCCUGUACCACUACAGAAACCCAUUGUGAACCCGCCUAGCCCCAACAUGAGGACUACUUAGCUUAAUGUGUGUUUGCUGGUCCAGUGUUUUAUAAAGCUUUACUCUGGUGUGUAUUAGCUUAUAGGGAACACUUGUGCUGUUGGAUAUGGUUCUGCUGGCAACUGAUGUAAGGCUGAUUGAGCACAUAGCCAUACAUUGCAUCAUGCAAUCACUGUGAAACAAUUUCACAAAGUUAAGGUUAGUUUGUCUGGGACAAUUUAUAGCUUAAGUAUUAUUAAGACACUUUAUUAUGUUAUAUGCUUGCAAGUUAAAACACUGGCAGGAGUAUAGUGCCUUGAAUAAUGCUUUUCAGUUUCUGCUGGAAAGAGGUGUAAAUGUUUGAAAGCUAUGUUUUUUUUAUUUUGGCUUGUGUGUGUAUUUCCUUUUCAAUUUCUUUUAAUUUUUAAUUUUAUUAAUUACAGGAAAUCUAAAAUACCUACCCAGCACUGCUCAGUCGCCACUGUAAAUGUAUUUAUUUUGAAUAAAUCUAUUGAUUGCAGGGGUUUUUUUUUUUCUUUAAUCGGCUACACUAAAAAUGCAGUUUGCUUUUUUUUUUUUUUUUCUUGACCCAAAACAAAUGGAUAUUUUGUUCUGAAUGUAGGUUCUCGCUUGCCAAAAAAAAGUUUUUGUAUUUACUUAAUCACACCAGUACAAUUUCUGAUUCACUUGAAUAAAAGUCAGAAAAGGAAAAUAGAUUAAAAGAAUGCUUAGUUUAGGGGAUUAAAGACACACCAGACCAGAGCUACACCGAUACACCGCAGUGCUUUUUAACACGGAGGGAGCUGGAAGCUGCUGGGGAUUGUAUUCUUUGUGUUUUUGUUGAAAUAUAUUGAUGUGUAGAAGAUUGCAAAGGGAUUUUUUUUUUUUCACAUUGGAAUUGGUCUUCACAAUUAUCCAGAAAGUUUGCACAUUUAACACUUUUAAUGACGUAAAUGCAUUUACAGCAGUGGGCACAGUGCUUUUUGUUUGUUUGGGGCUGUGCAAUAACCAGUGUUUGAACAGAAAAUUAUUAUUCGUUCAUUUUAGUUAUAUUUUGCCUACAUGGAAGUAUACAACUUAACCCUGCUAUCCAUUUAGUUUAUUACUUCACUAUAAGACCGAUAACAUCACAUAGUUGUCUGGCUUGUGAACUGAUAACACCGUUGCAUGAUUUAAAUACACAAGUCAGAAGGGGAUAAUUUUAAUGUAUAUUACACAAAAAUGCAUAUACUGUUCCUUCAAAGUUAUGGUAUUCUUGAAAACUGUUACUGUAAGUUCCUAAUGUGAAACAGUGUUCUCGCUACAUUAAAGCAGAUGUGAACUGUGCUAUUAUUUUCUAGGACUUUUACCAAUAAACCACGAUGGGUACUAUUUUGAUUUAUUUUUCUUUCUUGUGACAUUUCCUUUGCAGGUACUGUUUAAUAAAUCAAUGUGAGAUCUUUGUAUUCUGUUUCUGAGUUAGAGCUUUUUAACGCAAAGAGAAGUUACUUUUUUUCAGAUGAGCAGAUCUAGAAUGUUAACAGCUAAUCACUCAUGAAUGAUUUUCAAGAUCUCUAGUUGAAAAAGCAGCCUGCUUCAUAAAUCCUGGGACACGCCGUUUAACUUCUCAAUAAACUAAAUGGCACAAGAUAAUAACUAAACUGUACGUGUAAAACUGAUAGUUUGUUCCUGUAGUUUAUGUUUUUGACCAAAACAAAUGGCAAAACAUUGGCACAGGUUUAAAAAGAACACUGUACAAAGUCAAAUCUUAAUUCCUUUGUAUUCUUUCAUGCAGUCACAUUUUGUACAACGUGCUGAAUUGCAGAGAUGCUUUGUGCUGCCAAGCUGUGAAUUGUAUAGUUCUACUGUACUUCUAACUGAUCUUAGUCUUCAGUUACUUUGUUUUGUUCUUACCCUUCAAUAUAUAUUCCAUCAAUUCGGUUAGAAUUGGAUUUUUAUAGAAUAUUAUGCAGAUUCUUCUGCCUUUGGCAAAUACUUACUGUAGUAAGAGAUUUGUUAUGUUACUUGACACUUGCAUUUAUUUGUUUAUAGUCAUGUCUGUAUGCUUCAUGAGCAAACAUGGGGAACUAUUUUUGAAAAUCAUUGAUGCUUGCACUGAAACUUGAUGUCUAAAUUACUUCUGCCUGUUGUAAUGUCCUCUUAUGUUGACUGACAUAGUCGUUGGCACUCGAUCACAAAUAUUGUACAUGUUUAAAGAAAGAAAUAAACCUAUUUUGUGCUUGAAAA